UAAAAGUAAGCAGCUUGUUGAAAAAGAUUCUUGGAUAUUCGAUUUUUCUAAAACCGACAUUUAAUUAGUCAAAAAUGAUAUUCAAAAAUGUGCAGAGCAAGGAUUGGGCAUGUUUCUGGGUGACUUUUGUCGUGCUGUUGGUGUGCCUCAGCCUCAUCUCAGUCUACUCGGGAUUUGUGCACGAGAGCCAGAGAUUCAGGACGAUGAUGGUGACCCUCAUCCUGGUGCUGUUCUUCCAGUUUCUCAUCUACGAACCGCUCCGGUUCUUGGUGCUGGCCAUCGACUACGCCACUUGGCCGCAGGAGGAGCCGCCCUACAAGGCGGAGAAGGGCAUGCCCACGCAGAACAACAUCGCCUACCUGAAGGUCCGGCUGCGCAGUCUGCGCUCCGAGCUCCUCAUCACCGAAGGUCACCGGAACGAGGCGCUGAACCGGCGGUACAAACACAUCACUGGCGACCUCGUGCUCUACGGCCUCAUGUUCCUUACCCUGAUGGUGAUGGUGGUGAUGCAGGCGGACCAGUACCACUACUACAACACCUACAACAUGCAACGACUCUUCUGGGACAACACCUCGGAAACCUUUGGCCUGUCGCAGAUAUAUUUGCUCUAUCAGAUCCACAACUUCCUCAGGAUCACCAUGGUCGAGGCGUUCUUCAAUCCGAACGCACACUAUGGCUGGUGGGCCAUCGAGCAGUGGCAGAAGAUCGGAGUGCUGCGACUGCGGCAGGUGCGGGGCGUGGACACCCGGAUCGGACUGGGAGAGCCGCGGUGGGACGACAUGACGUAUGCGCCCGAGUGGCGGCUGCCCUACCAGCGAAUGCACUACACGGACAAGUUCUGGCGCAUCUACGACCCCUUCAGGCCAGCCAAACACGAGCCCAGUUUCUUAAAUGGCUUGCUGCUCAACUUCGAUCACCACGGCUGUUUGCAUCACUACCCGGAACUCGGCGGCUAUGUAGUGCUAAUGAUGAGCACAAAGGCAAACUGCCUGAAGCAGCUCGAAUACCUGCGGAAGUAUAAUUGGCUAAACCAGAAUACCUCGGCCCUGUUCAUUGACUUCACGAUGUACAAUGCGGAUGCGAAUGCCUUCACGGUGCUCACGUUGCGCAUCGAGAACUCGCCGUUCGGACCGCAGAUACCGCGGGUGCAUGUGGACAGUGUGCGGAUGCUGGCCACCGUGGAGAUGAAGACCAAGGCGGAGCUGUUCGUGAUGGUCGUGUACGCCAUCCUGGUCAUCCAGUUCGCACGCGGAGUGCUCUCGAAGAUCUGGCACGAUCCGGGCAGCAUCCGCCAGGCCUGGACCAUCGUGGAUCUGACCAUCUGCAUGCUAAACGUGUUCCUGCUGGGCCUGUCCAUAAUGCGGGACAUCGAGACGAGCACGCUGCUCGAGAUGAUCGAGACGUUCACCAAGGGCCAGUACCUGGACUUCCAGCGACCGCUGCGCCUGCACCAGUUCAUGGCCAUCGUGAAGGGCUUCCUCGUCUGCAUCACCACGAUGCGGCUGUGGAAGGUGCUGCAGUUCGCCGCCGUCUUUCAGCACUUCACCCAGACGCUCUUCUCCGCCUGGCGAGCGGUGGCCAGUCUGGGCGUGAUCAUCCUGGUGCUUCUCAUGGGCGUCGGCAUCGCACUGGCCGUGCCGAAUGGCAACAACGCAGUGGUCUUCCAUCACCUAAUCAAGGCCGUUGUCACCUGCUUGUGGUACUCAGUGGGCUACAACGCUGGCAUCAGGCCCACGGAAUUCUUCUACGGCGGCCUCGUCCUGGGGAUCCUGCUCUACCUGGUGCUGGUCUUCCUGCUGGCCAUCAUCCUGCUGAACGUGUUCGCCUCCGUAAUCUAUGACUACUUCCAUGUGACGGGCAGGGACUUGAAGGAGCAUUUGGGCCGUAAGCACAUCUCCUUCCUCGAGUUCCUUAUCAUCGAGUACGGGGAUGUGUGGCGCCGCUGCUUCAGGUGCCUGCGGAGAAAGUACCAGCCCAGUGGACGCACAGUGGCCCAGAAUGUGGAGCGGGCGCUGAAGGAGCAGGAGCUGGACAGGAUACAAAAGAGACGGAGAAAAUCCCCAGAGAAACGGCUCACCAACGAGGAGCGGCAGGCGGAUUACCUGAGACGCGGCGAGCGGAUGUUCAAGCUCAUGGCCAUCCUGAGCCUCCAGGUCGAGAUUCUGGAGUGUUUGAUGUUGGGCGAUAAGGACGGCAAUCUGCCCACUCCGCCGGAAUCCGACUCCGAUCCGGAGGACAUGCCAGAAAUGUAUCGCAGGCGACCAAGUAUUCCGCGGUAGUCGGUCGACUCAAUACUACAUUAUGUCAUUGAACUGUUCAUUUGAUCAGAAUAGGAUA